UGAAUAAUGCUCUUUUUUAUUCCUGCACAAUUACUCCUAUAUGUCAUAAAAGUCCCUGGAUUUAUUAGUUGUAUAUAGGAAAUUCUACUCCAAGCACUGAAUCAGCUGUGAGUGUUGUUUACAAGCUGUCAGACUUGAAAUCAGGCCAUUUGGUUGUAAAAAGAAAGUGUGUUAGUUUGUUAGUUGACACGAGCUAACGCUGAGGUGACACUUGCAAUUGAAAUUGAUUAGAAUAGUUAUGAACAAGUGUUUACAUAACAAAUAUACUGAGUUUAUUUGAGUUAAUAGUAUACAAGAAACACUUUGCAGAUUUACGAAAAAAAUAAUAGUUAGAUGGAGAAAAUAUCAGAAAGUACUAUGUUUUUGUUUCUUGUUGGAUUAUGUGCAGUGUAUAGUGCAGCACUUCCUUUGACUAUAUCAGACACAUUUGGUGAGAAAGAAACAUUGACUCAGGAAUGCGGCGCAAUCAAAUGUGAUGCAAAAACGCAAUACUGCAAUAUCACAACUCAAGUUUGUGGGGAUUGUGCUGCAACAUGCAUGUUAAAACUCCACCUUGAUAUUUCUACAAAAGUCUGGUGUUACAAACAUUGUGCUGUGUAUGUGAUCCUUCAAGAGAAAGAUACAGAUGACGGUAAUGCUGUUAACUGUGCCCUGUUCACGCGGCUUUCCCCCUACAUCAUCAUCUUUAUGAUCAUAUUCACUGCCAUGGUGAUCAUUUUCAUCACAGAGAAGGUCUACAUGUGCUGGAGGGACAAGAAGGGCUGCUGUAAUAAACAAAAAUCUGUUCAACGUGUAAAACGAUGGAAUAUUGUCAAAGUAAAAAGUCCAAGAAUACAAGAAAUGCAAACCUUGAAUGGUGUUGACUAACAUUUAAAAGUUAAUUUGAACUGUCUUAGAACACAUUCUUCAACCAAUGCAAGUGUCAAGGAUUUGAGUGACUUUAAACACUGCCAGACAGACACAUGUACAUUCAUACUUGUACAUAUGACACUAUAGCAAUGGAUAGGUUAGAUUAUUAAAGUACACUUCUUUUAAUUGAGGAAGUCAAGAGUAGAAGAGUAGUUCAAAGCUCUAUUUUGUAUAAAUGAUUUAUACCAUUGGCUUACAACAUAGUUCUUAGUCCACAACCUGUUGACAGUCAUAGGUCAUUGUGCCUUAAACCUGUAAACAAUCAGCAUGUUGAUUAUGACCUGAAUCCAUAUCAUUUGAUCUCAUCAAUAAUCAAUGAUUUAUUAGUGUUUAUUGAUUAGCGUAAACGUUUUCACUUUUAUAACUUGAAGGGUAGUAUAAUGUACCUCAGGACCACAAUCAUGGCCCACAGAAACUGGAGGAAAUUGAGUACAGGUUUUAUGACGACAACACUAUUAGUCAACAGCCUGUUUCUCCCGAUCUUUUUUAGAAAAGGCUUGAUUUUGUUUUCUGCUUGGUGCAUAUUUUAAUUGAUGAGCUUGAACUUAAAGGAAAUAAGAGUUUGUAAAACAGCUGUAGAAAAAGUA